UAGAAAAUAUCCAGUUCGGCAGCAGUGUCCCGGGGUAUAAAAGCGGCGCGCAGCGACGCCAACCGAGACAGCGACAGAGGACCCAAUCGGAAACGUACGAACCGGGAACGCAUGUACCGGGUAACGGAUAACGCAUAAUAUUAUUUUCCAGAUCGCAUUUCCAUUUCGCAUUUCAAGUUUCGAGUUCCGAGUUCGCGUGUGCAAGGAAAGUGUGAUAGCCGAAGAAAGCGCAGCAGCAGCAGCCUCUUUGGAAAAACAGACAUUAGACAGGCAGAAAAUUAAAAAAUAAAAAAAAGAAAAUAAAAUGGCAACUGAAGUAGCCCAGAUUCCCGCUGAGGAAACGCCCGCGGUGGCGGCCAGCACAGAAAACGCGGAGCAGGCGGACAAGCCUGCAGCGGCGACCGAGGCCGCCCCCGCAGCCGCCGCCCCUGCCGAGAAGGAGGGCGCAGGCGAUGCUGCCCAAGACAAGGAUAACAAAGAGGAGAAGGCGGAUGGGGCUGCCGGAGACGGUGAGGCCAAGAAGGAGGAGGCCACAGCGGUGGCCAAGACGGACGCUCCGCCGCCAGCCCAGAAGUUCAACGUGCACAAGGCUAACUUCGAGAAGGACAUCAUCUAUCUGUACCAGUUCUCGCGCACCCCACUGCUGCCCUCCCUCUCGCCCUACUGCCUCAAGGUGGAGACCUGGCUGCGCCUAGUGGGUCUUAAGUACGAGAAUGUUGAUCAUAAGAUGCGCUUCCGCUCCAAGAAGGGUCAGCUACCGUUCAUCGAGCUGAACGGCGAGGAGAUCGCCGAUUCUGCCAUUAUCAUCAAGGAGCUGUCGGCCAAGUACGAUAAGAACCUGGACGCCGGAUUGACCGCCGAGCAGAGGAAUGUGUCCUACGCCACGAUUGCCAUGUUGGAGAACCAUCUCAUCUGGAUCAUCUUCUACUGGCGGGCCAAGUAUCCCGACAAUGUGCUCAAGGGCUACAAGGUCAACUUGCAGCAUGCUCUGGGCCUCCGGCUGCCCAACUCCAUUCUCAACUUCUUCUUCAAGAUAACCUUUGGUCGCAAGUGGUUCCAGGGCACGAAGAAGCUGAAGGCGCAUGGCAUUGGUGUCCACAGCGCCGAGGAGAUCGAGGAGUUCGGCAAGAGCGAUCUGAAGGUGCUCAGCGAGAUGCUCGACUGCAAGCCGUUCUUCUUCGGUGACGAGCCCACUACAUUGGAUGUUGUGGCGUUUGCGGUCCUCUCGCAGCUCCACUAUCUCUCCAAGGACAUCGCAUAUCCUCUGCGCGACUACAUGACUGAGAAGUGCCCCAACUUGAUUGGUCAUGUCUCGCGCAUGAAGGACAAGUGCUUCCCCGACUGGGACGAGAUCUGCACGAAGCUGGAUCUCAAUGCGCACAUUCCCAAGCCAGAGCCAGAGACUAAGGAGGGCAAGGAAGGCGGUGAGCAGGAGAAAUCAAAUGAACAGGAGGGCACCGAGGGCGACAAGAUCGAGAAGGAGUUGGAGAAGGACAAGUCGAACGAGAAGGAGUCGACCGAGGAGAACAAAGAGAAGGAGGAAACAAAGUAAAUUCGCCGUUAGUUAUAUUCGUACAUAUAUCUAGUAUAUGUGUAUGAUCGAGAGAAAACACCCCACAUACACACACAUUAUAUAUAUAUACAUAUGUAGUACGAUACUAUAUAGUAAGGCCCUAUAUAGCUAGGCGCUGCGCUCUCAUAUAUAAGCAUUCAGACAUCAGAAAAAAACCACUCGAAACACACUCGAAGAAAAAAACAAAAAAGAAAACACCCAUUUACAAACCUAGGACAACUGUAAAGCAAACGCAGGCAAAACCAUCAAAACGAUCCACUAAGUAAUGAAAAAAAAAAAAAACAAACAAAAAAAAAGUAUAUACAAUAACGUAACGUAAAAACUUUGGACAUCUUUUUUUAUAUAUAUACACGACGACGUUUGUAUUAACAGAACAAGAAAAA